AUGAUGUCCAGAAGCCAGUCGAGUCUGGGCUACCUCGAUGCAGGCCGUGAUGACCCUUCGGCCCCCGGGGUGUCGCCGUCUCUCAACCAGCAGGCCUCGUCGGGCCCGAUCAACCUGUCCGGCCUGGUGUGCAAUGUCCGCCGAACCACUGGCAAGGAGCCGCACCCCCUUGUGGGUGCGACCACCACGAUCCUCGGCGAUAAGUUAUAUGUGUUUGGUGGCCGAAUUCUCUCGCGCAGUCGCCCUCAGUUGACCGCCGACCUGUAUGAAUUGGACCUGGUCCGUCGACACUGGUCCAAGAUCGAGGCGACCGGCGAUAUCCCGCCCCCGCGGUACUUCCACAGUGUGUGCGCUUUGGGCGAUAAUAAGUUGGUUGCAUAUGGAGGCAUGUCCCCUGCACCAGGAACACCUCGGGACCCAAUGAACCCGAAUUCGGGGGAGUCACAGUCGGAGGUGGUGGUCAUGUCAGAUAUCCAUAUCUUCGAUGUGCCAUCGCGGUCGUGGACCCGAGUUGCGGCCCACGAGUCGCCUCAGGGGAGAUACGCUCACUGCGCGACUAUUCUUCCGUCCAGCGCUAGCUUUACCUCUGCGAGUGCACCACUGUCUGCUAUUCACCACAACCCCGAAUCGACCACGCCCCACCAGGGCUCAAUCGGUGUGGAUAUUGAUGGCUUUGGCGGCGCUGAAAUGGUGGUCGUUGGUGGCCAGGACAGUUCCAACCAUUAUAUUGAGCAAAUUAGCGUGUUCAAUCUCCGCAGUCUCAAAUGGACCAAUACCAGUCCACUUGGUCGCAGCUGUGGUGCGUACCGCAGUGUCGUUGCGCCCCUGGUUGGCAUGGAUGUUUCAGAAAUCGGAUCUGCGGCCCCAGACCGGGAGACGCACGAGCCCAUUGAGGAAACAGCCGCCGACGAGCAUGGCUGCCCCAUGUUGAUUUACUCGAACUACAAUUUCCUCGACGUCAAGUUGGAAUUGCAGGUGCGCCUACCGGACGGGCGACUUGUCGAGCGACCCAUGCAGAGCCAGGCAUCGCCGCCGGGUCUGAGAUUCCCCAAUGGUGGUAUCAUCAAUGGCCACUUUGUGGUCAGUGGUACCUACCUCACAUCUUCCAAGCAGGAAUAUGCACUCUGGGCUCUGGACCUCAAGACUCUGACCUGGGGCCGAAUUGAUGCUGGCGGCUCAGUAUUUGGCCAGGGAAGCUGGAACCGCGGUAUUCUUUGGCCACGCCGCAGCACCUUCGUCAUUCUUGGACACCGGAAGCGUAGCUUGGUUGAUGAUUAUAACCACCGAAGGAUCAACUUCUCCCAUGUUUGCAUGGUGGAGCUUGAGGCCUUUGGGCUUUAUAACAACCCAUCUCGCACUGCCCCAACAUCUGGCUAUAAGUCAUAUAGCUCACCCUCGGUCCCUGCGUCUUUGCAACAGAAGUUGGCGCAGUUGACAACCAGUCGACCCCUCUCUGCAGCGUCAGAUGAGCUUGGUAAACUUGCUCUUUCGCUGCACGAGAUGUCCGACAUGGAACUGCAGGCCGUCGGCGGAGAGCGCAUCCCUGUAAACUCUCGCCUUUUGGCUCGACGAUGGGGACCCUAUUUCAUUCAGCUCCUGCGCGAGUCCUCAGAGGGAGGAAUCGCAGACGGAGCUACUCUUCGCCCAGCUCAGGUCCAUCCCAGCCGGAACUCGAGUAUCACUAUCACUCCAUCCAUCGGACAGAACAGCAGCUAUUCCAAUGCGACCACAUUGGUCAACCCCUCCGUGCCGUCGAAGGCUCUACUGGAAAACCUCGAGGUUCCCUCAGCUCAUGGCCUUGCCCCUACCUCCAGACCUCGCGUGCUCUAUCUCCCUCACACCAUUCUCACCCUCCAAGUCCUCGUUCAAUAUCUCUAUACUUCCGCCAUUCCUCCCCCCGGCUCCUCACUAUGCACACCCCAAAUACUCUGCUCUCUACUCCAGCUCGCCCGGCCCUAUCAGGUGAACGGCCUGCUCGAAGCAACGGUGGAACGUCUCCACCAAGUUCUGGACGGACGCAACGCCGCAGCCGUCUUCAACGCAGCCGCCAUGGCUGCAGGAGGCGGUCGUGGCACCGGAUUCACCAACGGACUUGGCGGCACACUGGAAGCGCUCAACGGUAGCCAGAUGGGUCGCAACGGAUCCAUUGCUGUAUCUGAAACAACAAACUCCCAACACAGCAUUCUCCACGCCUCAGACUCUUCGGACACCGAACACGGCGCGAUUUCGAACUCAAGCAGUACAAAUGACCUAACAAACUUUGCACGCGGCAUCCCAUCCCUCCGCAUCGACACAAAUCUCUCACAACAACGUAGCCGCAGUCGCAACCACCGUGACCGCGAGGACUCCAUCAGCAACGCCAGCACGGCGACCUCCGCCUCUAGCGCCAGCUACAGCCAAUCCGACUCGGAAUUCAUUAGCGAUAGCGAGAGCCGCUCUGCCUCGCGCUCUCAUCACCGUCGCGACACGGAUAUCCGUCCUGGUCGCGAAAUUUGGACUGGCGAUCUGAGCAGUGUGAUUGGAUUGCAGAAGCGUGGUCUGCGCGGAUUGAUGGAGGGUCGUCGCAUGCGCGAGCGCAGUGUUAAACCUCCUAGCGCGAGCAGCGGCUCAACUUCUGUGCCGGCUUCGGCUGGAUCGGGUGAUCAUCACUCGCUGCCCAUGCAGGGAGUCGCUGGCUAA